AUGCGCGCUGGCCACUGCUCCUCUCUCUCUCUCUCUCUCUCUCUCUCUGGCCCGUCCGGGAGGGAAUUGCCCUCGACGGAAGCGCAUCACCACACCCUCCCGUUGCCCGCUCCCCCCUACGCCCACGCCUCGGCCACGCCUCGGCCACGUAUGGCACACGCAUCGCGCUCCUCGGUCUUGACCGCCUCACUUUGCGACGCCAUCUCUCCCUCUGCCUCUCUCCUUCGCUCUCUGUCCCCUCUCCUCGCCAAGCAGGCAGCUCACCUCGAGGGCGGCGUGAACCGUGAAGCGCGGCGCUAG